UGCUUGAAAACUUUCCUACACACAUUCUUGGUUUAGAUGGAAGACUGGCAUUGCCUCAAUUUUAUAAGGUACGAACUGGGAAUCAAUCACACCAACUAGGCAGCUAUAGUAUCAUUCGUUUUAUCAUGUUCGUUGUUGCAAGAGUUUGCGUAAUAACACUCCUACUUAGUGGUGCUUGCCUACAAUACAAUAAUUGCUUGAUCACAAAUCUCAAGACUCAAGUCUCUGAGGAUCUCCAUAGUCCCCUUGAGUAAAUAGCUACAAUAUCAGAGAGCCAUGGCAGAGGAAUCUAAGCUGAAAUGGGAAGGCAAAGCCAUUGUUGAGCUUCCAGGCACAGGCGCAGAAGCAGUGUGGCCCUUUUUAGAGGAUUUCUGCAACCUGCACAAGUGCUUCCCCAUUGAUACUAGUUACCAAGUUGAGGGGAUUCAAGGCCAACCUGGUCUCAUCCGCUACUGUGCUUCCACCAUAAAAGGGGAUGAUGCUGCUGAUGAGACAACCAUCAAGUGGGCUAAAGAGAAGCUGCUGACAAUUGAUCCCGUUCAACGUUGUUUGUCCUAUGAAAUUGUCGACAACAACAUCGGAUUUAAGUCUUAUGUGGCCACACUGAAAGUAGUCCCGGUCAACGGGGAUGAUGCUAAACUAGCAGGGUGCAAGAUUGAAUGGGGGUUUGUCAGUGAUCCAAUGGAAGGGUGGAGUUUUCAAGAUUUGAAGUCUUACAUUGAGUCCUCUCUCCAGUUCAUGGCCAACAAGAUUGAUCAGCUUGAAUGCUCUGAGAAUUAACAAAGAAUCAAGUAAGAUCUAUAUGCCAGAAUGAAUAAUCCUGGCGGGGUGUGUGUGUCUUUAGAAUGUUUGGAACUCUUUUGAAGUCAAAAUCAAUAAGCAUAUCAAAGGAGGACAAGAAACCUGAAAACAGUUUCAUCAUAGAAACUUAUAGGUUUUAAUCUUAAUUGUUCGUAAUUAUAGUUAAUGGUCUCUCAUCUCUCACAAUAUAAUAAG